AUGGAUGUAAAACUGUUGAGUGACGAGCUGACUGCUCUCCUAUCGCGACAUUUCCAAAUAGUCGCUACGCACUCUCAACGUCAAGACCAAUGGUACAAGCGAUCAUACCAAUCAUUUACCUCCGAACACGGCGACCGCAAGCCAUUGAUCCUAGUCCCCCAAACCUCCAAGGAAGAGUGGAUUCCUCAUGUACGCCGAUUUGCGUCGUCACUUGGCAAGACAUUGGAGUCCGCUGGGCAUGAACCAUGGGCUGUCGACGGCAUCCCUGAGUCUAAACUGUUUUCGGAUAACGUCCUGGAUGAAGCACAUACAAAACCACUUUGUCUAGCUAUCACAGAUUCGAAACCAUUGUCACCAGAUAUGAUGCAAAUGUUGUGGUGGACGACCAAGGUUAAACAUCCCGAUGACAAAGCACGUCGCCUCAAGGGAAUCAAAGCACUCAUUGCCUGCGGCCAAGCGCACUCACUCCUCCGUCUAGCAUUAUGGCCCGACGUACACCCAGAACAGGUGUCCCAUAUAAAAACAUAUCAGUGGAUAUCACUCAACAACGGAUGGCAAACUGCUGUUGACAAGAUCAUCGUCAUUAUGCUUUUUCUUGGCAUUACAGAGACCUUCACAGAGGACUUGGUAGAAAAAGACGGCUAUAAGUAUUGGGCACCGGUGGCAUUCUUGACUUACAAAUCACCUCUCAAGGCCUAUAUCGAAGCCUUUGGUGGCAAAAUACCUACCAGCGACUAUGAAAGACGGCAACAAAUGACACAUUGUAUUGAAGCAUUGGCUGCGGCACAGUCAUGGGCUUCCAGUACUGGCUAUACUAUCAACUGGAGAGAAAAGAUCAUGGACAAUUUCCUAUACAUGUUAGGUUUCGAAGCAUGGAAUCGGAGCAGAGAGGGUGAAGGAUACUUAGGCUGCGAUUUGAACAAGACAAAAACUGCCAAGUCGCUCCAAGGAGUGGGCCAGGAUGAAGAAGAGGGUACACUGACAAAGGUUGACAAGGGAAGCACCAAGAAGCCGAUCGACCCUCUUAAGUUGAGAGAUCCUAAGAAGGAGGUGGAACCAGAGCCAAGUGAGGAGGAAAGACGAGAGAUGGAUGAGCUAGCCGUGUUGGAAUCGAUCGAGGCGGAGUAUGGGCGAAAGAGAAGCACGAAAUACAUAAACAAGAGCAAGUAA